ACCAAUAAGCCAGGUUUUCUUUGGUUACAGAGAGAAUGUAAGAGAAAAUGGGUAGUAGUGAGUGGGAGGGGCUACUGGAGCGGCGGCUGGCGGUGUUACCAGGUUCACGGGACCCAGGAGGCGGACCUAUACUUAUCAUCCCGCUGCCCCAGGACCCCAGCUGUCAUGACUCCGGGGCCAUCUCCGCCACCGUCAAGUACCUCAAGACCAUCCCCAGUUUGAGUGCCCGGGAGCGUGGGUGGGUGGUGGUCGUGGACGCCAGGGUGUGCCACUACCGCCUCGUCAAGCCCACCGUUAGCACUGUCCGCGCCACCCUCGGAUACAUCAGGCACCUCUUCGUCGUGAGGCCCGAGGGCUUCUGGGACAAACAGCGAGUCGACUGUCGCAAGAGUGAGGUUGAUAGUCAGCCGAUCUAUGUGAGUGUGAGUAAACUGACGCGGUACAUGGAACUGUCUCAGCUGCCGGUAGAACUGGGAGGUACACUGGACUAUGACCACACCGCCUGGCUCAAGACACGCAAGGCGUAUGAAGAGUUUGUAGACGAGUGUGAGCGCGCCCGUCGUGACCUGGAGACGCUGCAGGUGGAACUUCGUCGAGAGGAGCCAUGCAGCCGUGCCUCCACCCUACACGACCUCCUCUCCGUCAACACCAACACCUACAACACCAUCACUGCCAGGCCGUCCGUCAUCUUCAACAUGGGUCAAGAGGUACUGAAGGUUCUGGAGAUGGACGAGGAGUCCGGGUUCCGUGUGUGUGAGGGUCAAGGUGAUGCAGCCGAGGCGGCCUCCAGGGUGAGGGCGAUGCUUCACGACCUCCACCUCCUUACCACCGCCGUCGAGGCCUGUUGGAGGAGACUCAACACGGCUCUUGAUACCUACAUGCAGGUACGUGAACUGGAGAACGAUAUGAACGACAUCGGGCAGUGGCUGGUAUCGGCAGGUCAGACGCUGCUGGCGGAGACAAGCAUCGGCACCACCACCGACCAGGCCGAGGCACUCCUCAGGGAACACGAGGCCAUAGAGCUCAAAUGCCGGGAGACGUACGGACGGUGGGCGGGUCUGAGAUACAAGGUGGAGGACGCCCUGGACCGUGGUGAUGGCGACCUCCGUUCCCUGGCUGACCACCGCACCACUACCACCGACCUCCGCUCUCUCAAGGACUACACCGACACCCUCGUCAGGACGUUUGCGUCUCGGCUGGACCGGAGGCGCACUCUCAUCCUCGCCUCCGUCAGGUUCCACCGCAUCGCUCAUCAAAUGGGUGAGAGGUGCAACGUGCUCCUGCAGCAGCACCGCUGGCUGCCUCACACCGACCACGUCGACACGCUCAAGAAGACCUUAAGAGAACUCACUGCUCGCAAGGAAGCCAUUGACUACCUGGCGUCAGAAGGCACCCGGGCUGGAGAGAAGCUCCUGGACCUGCUGACGGUGGGAGUGAAGGACCUCUGCGGCCGGGACAUUACUCCAGACUACACAGCUGAGCUCAACCACGUGCAUGCUCUCCUCACUGCCCAGCACGAGCAUUAUGCACGUGCAGCACGCCAGGCUGACCUGCACAAACUACGGCUGCAGCAAAACAUACAAUUAUUCACCUGCCAACGAGAUGUGAAGCAGGCUCAUAAAUGGCUGAAGGCGUUGUUGGAGGCGCUUGUGAAGGCGCAUUCUCAUGUUGGUCGCUCGUCCGAGGAGAUCCGCAGACUCAAGACAGAACACCUACAAUUCCAGGAAACAGCUGCAGGCACGUUCGAGUACGGGUACGAAUCUGCGAGAGCGGCGCUGCUGGUGGAGAAGUCGGCGGGAGGCAGCGUGUUGUCAGAGAGUCGCACCAUGGUGGGGGACCUGGAGAAUGUGUGGAAUAUGUUUGUGAAGGGAUCACAGGAGCAACUCACCAGGCUCAGGGUCGCCGGCGUCUUUUUUAGGACCAUGGAACAGCACUUGGAGCGGCUGGACAUCCUGUGUGCCAGUGUGGUGGAGAAGAUGAGUGGCCGUGGCCUGAGCACUGACCCUGAGGCCCGCGCCCUCCUCACCUCCAGGGACCGCCUCCUGCGAGAGAUCGGCAGAAACGUGCGCCUCGGCAAACUGCUGAAGGAACGGCUGUCGGAUCCCCUCGUCCCCAGCUUCAGUGUGAGGGAGCACAACGAGAACCUGUUGGCCCAGGAGUCCAUCAGCGAGCGUAUCCAGCACAUCACAGCCCGGGCCCAGCAGCUGGACGACCUCAUGUUGCCCUCAGCCGCCGCCGCCGCCACCGCCGCCACCUCCCCCACCACAUCCCCGCCUCGCGACACACACGUCCGUCCUGACACCGAACACGAGACGAGUGUCAGCACCGAGUACUGGACGUGUUCUGAGUGUACCUGUGACACCUCCGGCACCUACCACACCUGUCCCGAGUGUCAGGAACUGCAGGACCUCUUCACCCACGAUGACACUCGACCACCCUCUGAGGCCGACCUUCCGCUAGACGAGAUCCUCAAAAGAAGGUCCAGGUCAAGAACUAAGUCAGGGUCGAAGGGCAAAGAUGACCUUGCCAAAGCCGAGGCCAAACGUCAAAGCCGCUCCAGGUCGAGGAGCCGCUCUACCCCGCGUGUUGUGGAUGACACUGACGCAGCCGCAACCACAACUCCUACACCCACCACUCCUACACCCACCACUCCUACAUCCACCACAGCCACACCCACCACAGCCGCCGCUACAUCCACCAUCCCCGCCGCUACCAAGGUGAAGCGUGAGCCGCCCCAGGACCACCCGGAUGCUAUCGAGAGAGCCACCAGGUCCAGGUCACGCUCCAGGUCCAAGUCUCUCACGCGGGAGAUUGUCGCUUCCUUCAAGGAGUUCAGAGACAAGGUUACUCGUGGCAGGUCACGAUCCAAGUCUGGUGAUCGUUUAAAAGCCGAGGAAGAUGAGGGAGUCCCCGGCUUCCACGCUACAGUGGACCACAGCCGAGAGGGGCUGGCCAAUGGGGACGUCCACAUCCACGUGCAGGUGGAGCCGCAGCCACAGGAGGCCGCACCUCCACCUCCUAAACCGGGGAAGGCGUGGAAGGAGGUGUCAUCGGAGACGGUGACGACCCGACUGGUGCUACAUGGCGGGGAUACUCAGGGAGACAGAACCCUCACGCUAGAGCAAGUCACCUCCAUCAGGAAACCCGACAAGACCCAGGAAUCACAGACUCUCAGGGACGCCUUCAGGUGGAAAUCUCCACCAUCUUCUUCUGCAGCUGAUUCUUCUACACAACGACCUUCCACUUCGGCACAGCCACAAUCUACUGCCACUGAAACUUUUGGUCGUGCUUUUACUCCAACCGAAUCUUCACAACUUACCCACACUCCAGUACUCACUCCGUCUGUCCUCUCUGCCGUGCCCGCCGCUCUACAUCACGCUACACUGCUUGUAGAAGCUUCACCGUUCGGUCUUCCAUUUAGUACAUCUUCUACCUCAGCUGUAGCUCCUUCGCCUCAGGAUGCCAAUGAAGACGCUUCUGUUGCUCAAAUUAGUCAAGUUUCGCCAAGUGUAGAACAACAUGGUGUGUGUGAGAGUGUUAGUCCUCCUGAUGAGGUGUGGCCUCUACCGCCAGAUGAGCCGCCACCUGAGGAACCCACACUGAUCCAGGUGAGGCCGAUGGAAUCAUCGUCGCUUACAGAUAUAGACUCAAAAUUGGUAUUACCGGCGCAGACUCUUCCUGUUUCUAAAGCAGAGGCAUCACCUCCCCCUUGUCCUGCUGUUGAAGAAGAGGAGUUGCCACCUCCACGACCCCCAACCCCAGUUCUUGAAGUCGAUGAGGUUCCUCCCCCAAGGCCGCCGGGACCUAUCGAGGUCUACGAAGAUUCACUUCUAAAAGAUAAUAAUGUGCCCGUGCAUGAGAUUACACCUCCCCGUCCACUUCCUCCCACCAUACAUGAGAUGACACCCCCACGCCCUGUUCCUCCAGCUUCAGAUGACGCUCUUAUGGAAGAGUUGUAUGUGUGUGCACCUCCAAGACCUGACCCUCCUAGUGAUGAUGCUGAUGAUGAGCGGGAGGCGACGCCGCCCAGGCCACAGCCUCCACUUCAGUAUGAGAUAGGAAUCCCCCCACGUCCUCCCCUCCCCACUAUACACGAAUUUUCUCCACCUCUGCACGAAGGUUCUCCACUUUUAGAGGAAUUAUCUGAAAACAAAAAGACUGAAGUGACACCGCCACGGCCAAGAGCUCCCAUAAUUACACAAUUUACUCCUCCCAGGCCCACAGAGGCUGACACGGUGACUCUACCAUCCCUACCGCUGCCGCCACCACCAGCUGAGAGUCAACAUCAGAUGAGGCUUGUUCCCUUAGAAGCUGCACCAGAACAUUCGUCGCCGUCAGAUCAUCCCUACACUUCCUCCUCCCCGGAGAAGUCAGGAACGUCUCCAGACAAAGAAUCUGACGCAGACGCCAGGACCGCCCCCCUGACAGUUCCGAGAAGUGUAGCUGGAGGAGAUAUGACGGACCAGAGAUCACGUCAACCUUUAGGUCUCCCGCCUCCCUUUCCUCACCCGAAAGCAGACGAGGACGAUAUGAUCCGGAAGAUGCGCAAGCUGGAGACUCAGGUACGGAGUAUGCCAAAGGCUUGA